AUGGAUAAUGGUCGGAUAGUUACAAAGAAUAAUACGGCCCUCGAUAAUUCAUAUAUUGUACCAUACAAUCCAUCACUACUACUGAAAUACAGUUGCCAUAUAAAUGUUGAGCACACCUGCCAAACGUCCGCAAUAAAGUAUUUGUUUAAGUAUGUUCACAAGGGCAAUGAUCGGGUAACUGCUUCUUUCUACGAAACCAAUGUAGACGGUGAGUCUGAACAAGUGGUAGAUGAGAUACGCAACUAUUAUGAUUGUCGGUAUAUCUCAGCCUGUGAGGCAGCUUGGCGCAUUUUUGGGUAUGACAUCCAACAGAAGGAACCUUCGGUCAUCAGGCUUCCUUUUCAUUUGCCAAAUGAACACCUUGUUAUAUUCAGGGAUUACGAAAACAUUGUUGAUGUAAUAGAUAGGGUUGAUGGCAAGCUAACAAAGCUAUUGGCCUGGAUGCUUGCGAAUAGGUUGUUUCCUUAUGGUCGUACUCUUACAUACAGUCAAUUUCCUAACAAAUUUGUAUGGAAAGAUGACAUAUCCAUGUGGAUGCCAAGGAAACAAGGAUUCUCCAUUGGUAGGCUUUCGCAUGUUCCCCGCGGCAACGGCGAGGAUUAUUACCUGCGACUUUUGCUCAACAUACAAAAGGGAUGCCUCAGCUAUGUUCAUUUGCGCACAGUCAACGGGGUUGUGUAUGGUACCUUCAAGGAAGCAUGCUAUGCAUUAGGGUUAUUGCAAGAUGAUAAGGAAUUCAUUGAUGCUAUAAUAGAAGCAAGCACGUGGGCCUCUGGAAACUACUUGCGUGACCUGUUCGUGGUGCUCUUACUAUCUAACAACGUUGUAAGACCCGAGGUUGUUUGA